AUGGGAACAAGCAGUUCUACAUAUCAAUUUAACUUCUCUUAAUACUAAUAUUUACAAGAAAUCAUAGAUCCUAGAUUUGGAGAAGUUAAAUUGUAUUAAAAGAAUGAGACUGGAGAAUUGAUUUGUGUAAUCGAAAAAAUACAAACUUAAUCAACAAAGCCCUUUAAAAAACUUGAUCAUCCCAAUUUGUUGAAAGUUCAUUACUAUUCUACUUCUACAUACAAAGAAGUAUGUUCUACGUUUACAAAAUUAUAUAUAGUAUAUGAAUACAUAAAUAACGAUCUAAAAACAAUUAUUACUAAUAGAUAUAAGAAAACUCAAUAUUUUACUGAACCUUAACUUUGGUCACUUGCUUAUCAAAUUCUAGAUGUGUUACAUUAUUUAAAAAGAAAUGGUAUUUAUCCAAUGGAAAUACGAAAUUUAUAUGUUUCAAAUUAAGGGAAUCUGAAAUUCAAUUCCCUUUUUGAUAACCAUAUGACAUCAUUCUAAUAAUUAAUAAAUCAAAUCACUGAAGAUUAUCAUAUAUCUCCUGAAGAAUUGGCCCUUUUCAAAAAUUAAUCAAAUUUCAAUAAUCUUAAUCCAGAAUAAUGCUAAAUCUUUUAGGCUGGCUUAACAAUUUUAUGGGCAGCCUCUCUAAAUGACCCUUCCACACUCUUCAAUAAAGUAGAAUGGAAAUUAAAUGAACAAGAUCUAUAUUAACGAAUUUCUGAAUUGUAAUACUCUGAUAACUUUAAGACUUUCCUAAUUAAAAUUCUUUAAAUAAAUCCAUUGGAAAGAGGUACUUUAGAAUCCUUAAUGCUUUCUAUAAAUAAAUUUGAAAUUAAUGAAGAUCUUCUUAAAGUUUUUAAACUUGAUUCGGUUCCAACCAAUCAUCAAUUUGAUGAAUAUGAGUAUUAAUCAUAAUCUUCAUAUAAUUAAUCGAGUCAGAAACAAAAACCAAAUCUAUAAUAGAAUAAAAUACAAUAAUUUCAAAAAUAAAUAUCCUUAAUAGGUUCCAUUACUUUAAAAUCUGAAAGCCAAGAAAUCCAUAAGAAUAAUCAAUUAUUUGCCAAUAAAUUAACUCAACAAUAAGAUAAUAACAAUAUCUAACAAUAGUAAUCAAAAUCCUAUGUAUAAUAUUAAACUCCAGAUUCAUCCCCAAUUCAGACCAACAGAAAACCUCCUGGCAUAUCAGGAUCUAAAAAUCAAAUAAACAGCACUUCUAAACCUAAUAUACAAAGUUAGUUGCAAUUAAACAAAGAGAAAGUAUUGGAUACUAGUUAUUUUUCAUAAUAAUCUCUCUUAAGUUAUAAUAAAAGUUAAAGAAGUUUGUUAGAAAAUAGAAUUGAAGAAGCCUUAAUGAAAAGUAAAUUAGCAUUAGCAAAGUUUGAUUAAACAAUUAAAUAAAAUAAUUAUUAUAAAAAUUGA